AUGAUGAAGCAUACCUUUAUCGAGACAAGGACUGGCGCCGGGAGGGUUGUCCACACAGCGAACUCGGCUUUUGUAGCCAGAACGUGGUUCGGUCUCAACUUCGAAGAAUGCGUCGCGGGAAGCGUUAAAGAGGUGAAGGUGAUCAGGACCUAUGGUGACAGCCAAGAACCAAACGAGAGCGCCGAGUGUAUAGCUCUGAAUAGGGGAUUACUGGAAGAAGGAAGGACGAUCUUUGAUUCCUUCGAGACGGACGGUGAGGGAGAACAAAAAGGACGGAGGAUGAGACGCUUUGGAGAGGGCAUGAGAAGCGCGACACAGACAGGGGCGUACAGCGGUCAUCAUGUGCACGCAGGCUUGGAUUGGGAUGCGCUAGGAGACGCCACUGUCGUUGACAUAGAUCUUCCCGGGUCAUAUCUUGGUCUGCCUGUGCAGGACUUUGCUGGCUUAGAGCCACAGUUUGACGCCACGCUGCCGGCCGACUUGAAGGACAGGGUUACCUUCCAAGCUCACGAUUUCUUCAAGGAGCAGCCAGUCAGAGGCGCAGACGUGUACUUCAUGAAGCACAUCCUGCACGACUGGUCCGACAAAUACUUUCUCAAGAUCCUACGAGCCAUCGUGCCAGCGAUGAAGGACGGGAGCCGUAUCGUCGUUAUGGAUGGCGUGCUGCCACCACCCGGCACAGCAGCUUUGCCCAUGGAGCGCCUCCUGACGGCACUGGACUUACAGAUGGUGACGGCGCUGAAUGCGAAAGAGUGGUCUCGUGAGGAAUAG